AUGGCUCGAAAUACCAUGUUUGGAGCUCCCCUCGUCAUUCCACUCCUGACGCUUGCUAGAAUUCUUCGACGGUGGCCGCAACUCGGCCUCGAGGUCCAUUAUGUGCUAGCUUCGAUCGCCACCGGCGCCCUUUUCUACCAUUUGAUCGACCGAGCAUCAUCCUACCGCUGGGUUUUACUAGGUGGUAUUUGCGCUAGAUGUGCCUAG